AUGCACUUGCUUCCUGAGUGCAUUGUUGCUUUGAAGUAUCCUGCCUUUUGGGAGAGCACAGAUGGGGCACCUUUGCUCAAGAAAUUUUUAGAUUUCGACUUUCAGCUGAUCAGAAACCUGAGUACACCAACUACCCUUCAAACUGUCAUGUUUGUAGUGGGAACGACUGUCAUGUCUGUUGGGGAACGACUGUCAUGUCUGUUGGAAAGUAAACAGUCAUCACUAAUAAAGAGAUUUUGGAAGAUUCAGAAUGAAAACCAAAAUAUUAUGAUGAAGAACAAGUUGACUGAGGAAAAGGCAAAGGUGAAGGUUCAGAAGUUGCAGUCAACCACUGCCAGCAUUGCAAAGAGGUUCCUCAAUAAUGAUAAUGAAAAAACAGCAAAACAUACUAGAACUCAUAAGGCCCAGCCAGAUGAGGAUGACUCUGAAAGUGAUGAAGACCGUGACUACCUCAAUGAUAGUGCAAAAUCCCCCACGAUGACCCAUGAAGAAACUGAUGAUGAGAUCGAGAAUCAGAAUCAUGCAAGAUUUCAAAGCAACCUAUUAGGUGGAAAUGACGUGAAAGAUGCUAUCUCUCAAUCCUCAAAAAUCCCAAACAUGGAAAGCAUCUGUAGAGCUUCUGCUGAGAGUCUAGCAAGUCUGGAUGGGGUUAAGUAUUUCGGAGAAUUUAUUCCGCUUUUCGAAAAAUACAAGGAACAGGAAAAACAUAAUGUGUACUCUUGCACCAACGAUGAUGUUAUGGACAUCCGAGGUGACAGUGAUUUCGCGAAAUUUUUGACAAUCAAUCAAUAUGCAAAACUGCUUUCAGUUCGACCAAAAAGAAAUGCUGCACUACUGGAAUCUUGGCGUAGCAUUAUAGAGGAAUAUUAUAUGGAGUCAUUAACUGAAGGCGGUCCAAAGAAAACCAUUACUGAUUGGGUUCGCAUCACAAAUGCGUUGAUUGUAGACAAAGUUGGAGAUACUGAGGAGGUGAAGAGACUUAAAAAGUACCUGUAUCGAGUAAUGUUACCUUU